AUGCCUUCUCUCUUCCCUGGCGCCAGCACGCUGAGUGCCACUUUCGGUCACUCCUCGCCGUACAACUUCACUGCCCAAGCCCCGGCGAAGCGCUCCCCCUACCAAGCUCGCAGCGAGCUCUAUCCUAGCUGGGAUGUCGCCGAAGACGCGAAGAACAAGGCCGCCGGGCUGAGCGAUGCCGCGCAGAAGGAACUGCAGAAGGCCAGCAAUGUCGCACAGGCGAAGGCGGGCAAGAUUCAGCUGUACAGUGGCAAGUACUACGCUGCGUGCACGUUCGGUGGUCUGAUGGCCUGUGGUCUCACCCACUGGGCGGUCACCCCUCUCGAUCUGGUCAAAUGCCGCCGGCAAGUUGACGGCAAGCUGUACACCGGCAACAUGGACGGCUGGCGUAAGAUCAUUGCCUCUGACGGCGUCCGGGGCAUCUAUACUGGUGGAUCUCCCACCUUCUUCGGCUACUCUGUCCAAGGCGCUCUCAAAUACGGCUGCUACGAAUACUUCAAGAAGUUCUACUCUGACCUUGCUGGACCCGAGAAUGCCACGCGCUACAAGACCUGGAUUUACCUUGCUGGUUCUGCUUCGGCUGAGUUCUUUGCUGAUAUCGGUCUCUGCCCACUGGAAGCCGUCAAAGUCCGCAUGCAGACUACGAUGCCUCCUUUCGCCACUGGAACUCUGAACGGUAUCAGCAAGAUUGUGAGCACAGAGGGAGUUGCAGGUCUCUACAAAGGUAUCUACCCUCUCUGGGCACGUCAGAUCCCGUACACGAUGAUGAAGUUUGCUUCUUUCGAAACGAUCGUCGAGAUGAUCUACCACCGCUUGCCUGGCCAAAAGUCCGACUACUCCAAGGGCGCGCAGACGGGUGUCGCCUUCACGGGUGGUUACAUUGCUGGUAUCCUCUGCGCUAUUGUCUCUCAUCCGGCCGACGUCAUGGUCAGCAAGCUCAACGCCAACCGCCAACCCGGAGAAGGGGUUGGUUCCGCGCUCGGCAGGAUUUACAAGGACAUUGGAUUCGGUGGACUGUGGAACGGCUUGCCGGUGCGUAUUGUCAUGAUCGGCACGCUCACUGGCUUGCAAUGGAUGAUCUACGACUCGUUCAAGAUCUUCAUGGGUCUGCCGACGACGGGUGGUGCUGCGCCGCCGGAGGAGGCGAAGAAGCAGGCGGCUUAA